UGCUAUAUAAACUGUCAUAGAACCACGUUCUGCGAUAAAGGAAAGAAUACUCUCAAACUACGUUGAAAAAAAUCUUCUAGGAUGAAGUACUCGAUUGCUGUUCUAUUUACUCUCAUUGUCUGUUUCUCAACCAACAUCUUAGCAGCACCGAAAUUUAAAUCGCAUGCAGAAGAAGUGAUAAAAGAAAAAUUGAAUUUAACUUCUGUACAAUUUAUAACAAAAUGUCUCUCCAAGGGAAGAUUUGAAAUUCUGAAGUUAUUCUAUGACCGUAUUGUUGAUGAUAAAAUUCCGAAUCGUUUGGCAAAUGAUAUGCUUGAUAGAGCAAAAAAAAUAGACAAUGUUGCUGAAAAUGAUUGGAAACAAAUUACCAACGACGUAUGUCUAACAAAUGCUAGCCUUAGGUUUGAAAAUGAAUCUGACGUUGGAAAAAUUAAUCUAUGUUUUGAUGAAAAGAGCCGAUUAGAGGGAAAAAAGAAAGCAGAUUUUACAAAUGCACUAUUAGGGUCAUUCUGCUCUUCAGUGGAAAUAUUGGCCAAGGAGAAGUUUGCAGAAAUGAGUGUUAGAAAGGAUAAUCCAUAAGAGGAUUUCAAUAUUAUUGGUGAUUAGCAAAAAACACCGAAUCACCAAUAAAGUUAUAGAUUGUCAAUAAAG